AUGGGCAGUUCAUCUGAAAUACAGUUUGGAGCUGUUAUGAAAAAGGAAUGUUUUCAUUUCGAAGGAGGAGUCACUUUUAUAAAUCACGGAUCUUAUGGUGCAGUUCCAUUGAAAAUACGAGAAAAACAGAAACAAUUAUUGGAUGAGGUAAAUGAUAAUCCCGAUGAAUUCUACCGACUAAAGGAACAUGAUCUUUAUAUGAGCGCCAGAGAUGCUGCAGCAAAAUUUACAGGGGCGGAUCCUGAAAAUUUGUUCUUUGUACAAAAUACAACGACUGGUGUAAACAGUGUCCUGAAAUCCAUGGAGUGGAAGAAGGGUGACGGAAUCCUAACGACUGUGUUUACCUUUAGAGGGGUUGCGAAUGCCUGUCAAAGAGUGGCCGAAAUUUCAUCGGGUGUACACAUUCAUCAAUUUGAUAUAAGGCUCCCCAUCAGAGAUGAGCAAGAAGUUGUAAAGAGUAUGACCGUACAACUUGAAAAACACCCACAGGUCCGGCUGGUUUUGUUAGACCAUAUCACCAGCCACACGGCGCUAGUAUUCCCCCUGAAGAAAAUGAUAGAAGAGUGUAGGAAACGGGAUGUUUUAGUUUUGAUAGACGGUGCGCAUGCUCCAGGCCAAGUAGAACUGAAUUUGGAAGAUCUGCAGCCUGAUUUCUAUACAGGGAACUUCCAAAAGUGGUUAUACGCACCUCGUGGAUGUGCAAUACUCUGGAUCUCUAAGAAGCACCACGACUGGUGUACACCACUUGUGACGUCAUUAACGCGCGAUAAUAUACCAUAUUUUAUAGUACCAGAUGUGUUGGAUUUCUACAGGCUGAUUGGAGGAAUGGAAAAGAUUCAUCGGUACACUGGACCUCUUCUGGAGAAGGCGUGUUCCCUGAUAGCAGAACGACUGGGGACCACGACACCCGACAUACCGAAAACAAUGGCGGCUCCCAACAUGAGAUUGAUCUUAUUACCAGAAUAUAGAGAUUAUACAGCAGAGACAGAAGAAGGAGUGAUGUUUAAAGACUUAAUGACCAAAUACAGAAUUAACUGUGCAAUAUUCCCAGCACAGGGUCAACUCUAUCUCCGGUUAUCAGCGAACAUUUACAAUGAACUCUCUGAUUACGUAAAAAUAGCAGAUGUACUGGAAAAUUUGCCCAGAAGAUAAGUAUGGACAAUAGAUGUUCUAUAAUGCUUUGUUCUUCCAAGUACCAUUUUGAACUUUGAAUAUGGAAUAUAUUUUCUUGUAACUUGGCAGAUGUCUUGUAAAUAAGUUACAUACUGAAAAUAUGAACUUUUGAUGUUGAAUAUGCUUUUGAUGUUACUCUUGUUGUUUGUUGGGGACACCUUUUUGACAUGUUGGUGGCCCAUCCAUUUUGUUUGUACAUAAAGCCCAGCCC